CAUUUUUUCUCUAAAAAAAGCGGACAUACUUUUUCUAUAAACAUAAUAUCUUUAAGAGAGAAGCUUUUUCCAGAGAACGGAUAGCCAACAUAAACACUUUUUUCUUUAGAAUAGUUUUCUUUCUACAAUAAAUAUCUUUGUAACAAAGACCUUGAAAUAAGUCACAUGCAAAGAAUUAAAUAAGAUUCUGACUUUCCUUCUGUUAGGAAAUUCCUGGCAAAUCAUAUAAAUAGAAGAAAACAUGUUUGAUCAUGUCUAAAGAAAAAUCAUAAAUUUUCAAAAUAGUUCUCUGUACACAAAUGCAAUAGGUGAUAAAAUUUCUGUUUCGUAUUUUAAUCCUUUUAUUUGUGAAACUGUUUUGAAAACAAGAUUUUACAACGAAAUACAAAAAAAUACAUUUAAAAUAACAAGAGGAUUAAAAAACUUGAUAUAGUUUUUAUGGACUGAGAUUAAGAAAAAAAAAGAAUUACAUACUACUUACCACAUAUGUUUGCAAACAACUGAAGAUAGACAGUGUCAUUGACAGGUAAUGUAAUUGUAAAUAUUCAACAGGUAUACAUAAGUAUAAGUUAAGUAGAGAAGGCUUGAUUGGCAAGAGUAUUGCAUAUUUUUGAGCAAUUGCAAUGACAAAUUUAUGCAAAAAUUUUAAAUGUGAUUUUUAUAGGGUGGAUAAGUGGUAUAAGGAAUUUUAUUAAAAAAUCGUAAUUUAUACAAUUUACAAAAAACAAACUGAACAACAAAGUUCGAUUAUACUUUGUCUUAUCAGUAGACAUAGCACCAACGGCAACUAAAAAUUUCCUUUAAAACAUGUCAUCUUUUAAUUAAUUCUGCCUUAGCCUGCUGGCAAAUACAUUUAUUUUAGACAAAACUGAACAUGUUUUGACCUUUGAGUUGUUAACUGUCCACAAAAUUUACCACAGCUGCAUUUUUAAUAUUUAUAAUGAAUAUUUAUUGAACUAGUUUAGUUAAAACAUAGACUAUGUUUAACAAAAAACGGAUUAAGAAUGAAUAUUUAUGACAACUAAGAAGGUAAGAAUGAAAAGUUUUUUAGGGAACACACAACUUGCUGAAGAAACUAACCUGUACCUGAAUGGACUCUAACCAACUAUCAAACCUAAACAGGUACAAAUCUUCACGAAAUCUUCUAAACAUAUAUAAACCUAAGAUUGCAACGCUUAAACAUCAUUCUCAUUUGAGAUUACAAACUAAUAACAAUACAAGUUAAUACAUUCAUCAGUUCAAAUAUGGAGUCCAAAUCAAAAUCUACCGUUAGUUAUACAUUAUUCUUAUACCGUGAAGAAUUACGACGCAAUCAAACACGUUAUAUACGUUUGAAUCGUACGAAAAUUUCUCUCACCGAUAAAUUGAUUUCAACAAGCGUACGCAAUUUGGAAAAAUGUUCAAUGGAAGAUUUACAUGCCAUCAAUCGAGAAAUUUUAUUCAAAAAGAAAUUGAAAUAUCAAGUGCAAAGGAUUAGAAAUUUAGAGAAGCUGGGUGUGAAAAAUGUUAAUCCAAAUCAAUUGCCUACAACAGAAUUGUGAAACAAAGACUUGAUUAAAAAAAGGAUUAAAGCUCGAUAAAAAAAGAUAUAGCCAAGCUGUAUGAAAGGAUUUCGAAAAUCUAAUCUUAAAGUUAUAAAGGACCUGGAGAUUUAAGUAUUCCAAUAAAUGGUGGCCAAAUUUAAUAGCAAUUUUGCUUGGAAACAAAGGUUUAACUAUAGCUUUCUAUAGUGGACACAAGGAAACAAUAAUUUCGGAAAAAAUUAUAAUAUUACAUAUUUUAAUAAAAACAACAACAUAACACAUCAUUUUUUAUUAUUUUUUUUUUUAAUUAAUAAAUAGAUGAGAACAAAGCACAGACUCUCUUCGAAAAUUUGUGUUUAUAAGGAAGAAAAAAUAGUUUAAUUAAACAAGUCUGUUUGUUGAAUGAGAUUUAUCAUUAAAAAUAUGUUUUCCAUAAAAAGUGUCUCUCUUAAAGGGGCCCCUACUAGGGAUAGAAGAAUCAUUUUCUCUAGAAAAAUUGUUUCUGUUUUAGAAAAAAUGUCUCCACUAAAGAGACGUUUAAUACAAAAAUUGUACCUCCAUUAAAGAAAUUGUUUCUAUAAGAAAGGUGUCUCCAUUGCGUUCGUUUUUUCGACAGAAAGAAUUUCUCCAUUACAGAGUAUUUUUCUAUAGAAAAUGUGUCUCAGUUAAAGAGAGUUUUUCAAUAAAAAAUGUGUUAAAGAGAGUUUUCUUUAAAAAGUACAUAUUUUAAUGAGACGAUUUUAUAGGAAAAGUGUUAAAGAUACCAUUUCUAUAAAAAGAGUGUGGCUUUAUUAAAGAGAAUUUUUCUAUAGAGAAAGUGUCUCUAUAAAGAAGACUUUUUCUAAAAUAGAUAUUUUCUAUGUGACUCUUUUAAAGAGACUGUUUAUGUAGAAGUAGUGCUUCUAUUAAGGAGACUUUUUUGUAGAAACAGUGUCUCUAUUAAAAAAAAAACUUUCUCUUUAGAAAAAGUGACUCCCCUUAAAGAACUCAUUCUAUAGAAUAAGUGUCUCUUUUAAAGAGACUUUUUCUAUAAAAAGGUGUUUCUCUUAAAGAAAUUUUUUUAUAG